AGUUCACUUCUGCACCAGAUGAACGUUAUGUAUGCCGCCUACGUGGGGUGGUCUAUAUACAGUUGGUGAUAAUACAAACGGGUUACUAAAUUGAUUUUUAGCAACACGACUCAGACUUGCGAAUAUGACUCCGAUGUAUAGCAUCGCUGUUGUCUGGUUAUUUACCUAUGCGCUAUGCGAGGAUUUUUGUAAGAAUGCCAACUUCUUCUGCGGGGCACACACAACGUUCGUGAAUACCCCGCGACCGAGAGAGUCGCCGGUGUUGUCUGGACACAACCUUAACAAACGGAGCACUGACCCCGACGGAGAGACGUGCAAAUCUCUAACGGGAUUCGAGUCCACGCUGAAAAAUAACACACACACCUAUGCCUUCAAUGACCUGAGUGGCUCAGUGUCUCUGGCCUGGGUGGGAGAUGGCACAGGGGUGCUUCUGGUGCUGACCACAUUCCAGGUGCCUGUCUUCAUGAUUCGCCUUGGCCAGUCUAAACUCUACCGCAGCGAGGACUAUGGAAAGACAUUCCAGGACGUGACCCACCUGAUCAACAACACCUUUGUUCAGACUGAGUUUGGCAUCGCCAUUGGUCCUGACAACUCUGGCAGGGUGAUCAUGACAGGUGAUGUGUCAGAGGGAGGGGGAUCCCGGAUUUUCCGCUCGCUGGAUUAUGGACAUAGUUUUUCCCCAGUGGACCUCCCCUUCUUUCCUCUGAUUCAGACACUGUAUAACCCCAACGACAGUAACGUGCUACUGACCCUCAGCAUCACGUUGGACCUGUGGCUGUCUGAAGACUUUGGCUCCACCUGGAGGAAGAUCCAUGACAGCGUGUGUCUGGUCAGAUGGGGUCCCGAGGACAGUAUCUACUUCACCACAAACUCUAACGGAUCCUGCAAUGAUAAGGGCAUGUUGGAGCUGAAGAGGUCUCUAGACUAUGGCAAGAACAUCAAGACCAUCGCCAGCAAGAUCUACUCCUUUGUACUUGGAGGACGCUUUGUCUUCGCCUCCAUCAUGACUGGCUCGGGUACCCAGCGUAUGAUCCAUGUGUCGGUAGAUGGUGGUGAUGUGUGGAACAUGGCUCAGCUCCCUACUGUUGGCCAUGAGCAGUUCUACUCCAUAUUGGCAGCCAGCGACGACAUGGUGUUCAUGCACGUAGACGAACCUGGAGACACUGGCAUAGGGACCAUCUACAUAUCAGAUGACAGAGGGACACUCUACUCCAAGUCUCUGGAGCGCCACCUCUACACGGCCACAGGGGGCGACACUGAUUUCACCAACGUCACCUCGCUCAGGGGUGUCUACAUGACCAGCGUACUCACAGAGGACGGCUCAGUGGAGACUGUGGUGUCGUUUGACCAGGGGGGGGAGUGGCGGCCGGUACAACGGCCUCGAAACAGCCGCUGUGACACUGAGACCGCCACCAACCGGCCGGACCGAUGCAGCCUGCACAUCCACGCCUUAUACAGCAUCUCUAUGAAGAUGAACGUCCCUCUGCUGCCCCUCACACAGUUCAACGCUAUAGGCCUCAUUCUGGCUCAUGGUAGUGUGGGUGACCCAGCGUCUGUGCUGUCUCCUGAUGUGUAUGUGUCUGAUGAUGGAGGCUACUCCUGGCUGAGAGCGCUAACCGGACCCCACCACUACGCCAUCCUAGACUCUGGAGGCCUUUUGGUGGCUGUCGAACACACAUCUGCACCCGUCAACCAGAUCAAGUUUUCCACAGACGAGGGCCAGUGUUGGCAUGUGUAUAACUUCACCAGUGAGCCGCUGUAUUUCACAGGGCUGGCGUUGGAGCCUGGAGCCCACUCCAUGAACCUCAGCCUGUGGGGGUACAGAGUGGGCCUGCAGGGUCCCCUCAGUCACUACUGGGUCUCUGUUACCAUCGACUUCAAACAGCUACUCUCCAGAGACUGUGGGGAGGGGGACUAUGUUCAGUGGUUGGCGCACUCUGAUGACCUCAACAACCCCAAUGACGGAUGCAUUCUGGGAUAUAAGGAGCGUUUCCUGCGGCUGAGGAAAGAUUCUGUCUGCUGGAACGGACGUGAUUAUGUCAUCACCACCCAGCCCACCCCCUGCCAAUGCACACUGGAUGACUACCAGUGUGACUAUGGGUACCACCGUGCAGAGAACAGUUCUGAGUGUGUGGAGCAGGCAGACCUGAAGGGCCAUGUUCUGGAGUUCUGUCUUCACGGCACCACAGAACAGCUGCAGACCAGUGGCUACCGGAAGAUUCCAGGCGACCGGUGUGUAGGCGGGAUCCAGCCUAAGAGGAAGGAGAUUGAUCUGAGGAGAAACUGCAUCAGCAAUGCACUUCACCCAAAACCCCUGACGGAGGCCAACUUGUUAAGCUCUGCCUCUAUAGUACUGGUUGUAAUGGUGAUUUUGCUCAUCAGCGCUGCCACAGGAGUUAUGCUCGUCAAGAAAUAUGUCUGCGGAGGGAGGUUCCUGGUACACAGGUACUCAGUGCUACAACAGCAUGCAGAGGCCAAUGGGAUAGAGGGAGUGGAUGAACUGGACACACACACCACCGAGAUGGGCAAAACACAAUACCACGAAGACUCAGAUGAGGACCUCUUGGAGUGAGAAACGAGCUGCGAGAGACUUAAUCCGCCAACCUGACAGCCUACCCAAGACUACUCCCUCCCACCAUUGCCUCCUCCUGCCGCCACUAAUACUGCAGCUGCUCUGAGACUCCACUCCUACUCAAUGACUGCAAACAGUUCUUACAUACCUCUUCCCUUCCCAAGGACACUGGCACUAAAGGGAUAUAUCAUGUCCUGCAGAGGGCUGGAGAGCAGUGGGACAGGGGCUGUGGGCUUGGGGCCUGUGGAGGGGAGCGCAGAGGAGAGCUUUUGUGUCCCUAAGGAGCUUUUGUUGUGUCUGCAGCCUUCCUUUCUCCACAACGCUUUCUGAUGCAGAUUCACGGAGCAGGCGCUCUAUUGCUGUGGUGCAGAGAGUCAGGGUGAAACAGCAGUGGCACUGGGAAUGGUGUGUCUGGAUCAGAAUGAGUUUCUAUGGUACAGUACCUGAUAUGGUACACCCCUACGAAAGAGACAGUAUACAAAAUGAGAUGUGGAAAGCUUUCAACUGAAGUGGUACAUAGUUAUACAUUUAGUUAUGUCUGAAAUAAUUUUGUACCAAGUGCAAAAGGUAAUCAUUUUCAUAAACAAUAUGUGUGAGGUGAAAACAUAUACUACAUUUGUUAUCGUUUUCAGGCUCAUACCAGCUUUAGUAUGACCACAUUAACAAAAACAAGCUAACCAUACAGUACCUUGUCCUACUGUGCUUAGAGUGGACAUCUUGAAUUAUAUUACCAAAGCACUUUCAUAAUUUUGUGUUGCAGAGAGAAUGUAUCUGAUUUGUCAUACUGAGAGGGUAGGGAAUAUGGGGGAAACUACUCAGCAAAUGAGUCAAGUCUGAACAGACCAUAUUGUACUAGUGAAUUACUUGAGAAAUAAUGAAAACUCUUUCCUUUUUUAACCUCUGCCAUGAGGCCUACUUAACAAUGUCAUAACACAUGUCAUAAACAGUCAUGACAGCUGAAAUUAACUUAAUUUACACAAUCUUUACACACACUGCUAUUGAAGUGAACUAGUAGGAUAGCAGUUUACCCAGCUAAAUCUAAACAAGAUCAAAUAUAUUGGUGGGUCUGGUAUAGUCUGCUUGUAAACUAUUUAUAAACGGUAGUUUGUUAACCAUUACAUUUAGCAAAUACAUGUGUAAGGCUUAUUGUUCAUGGUGUAUAUAUGAUUAAAGGGUCUGAUAAUAAAUGGUUCAUAAAUAAUAUACAUGUAAUUAUUAAUGAACUCAAAUAUAUUAACCGAUGAUAUGUAAUGUUAGCAAAUAGUUUACUUAUGGUAACAAACUUUUGAAUACUGGUAUAAAAGCAGACCCUGUCAACCUGUUACUAAGUUAUAUGUGAAUCAUUGCUGUUUUUUAUUUUUUAUUACGAUGAAGGCUAUGAUUUAAUCGAAAUCUUGUUUAACAAAAGAAGCGCUAUGUUCAAAGUUUGUGUUUGUGGGAAUUAUUUGAUUUUACAAUUUGGCAAGUGGACACGUGAAAUUAAUUGUCCUAACAUUUUCUUGUCAAUAUAUUUUAUUACCUCAGAAUUUCAUAAGCUAACAUAUCUAAGAAAUAAAACUAGUUUGAGUAUUCACUUGUGCUUUAUUCAGGUAAGCAGUAUUCACAACAUAGAGCGACAGAAAUAACCAUGGGCCUUCAGUCCCAAGCAUUUCAUUAGACAAUGUUACGUAGUUUCCUUUAUAGAUUUGAGAAGCACAAUAUCAACAUUUUUGGAGUUAAUGCAUGUCUACUGUGUAAUGAAUUGAUUCCAUCUCCAAGUGGACCCAAUUGAGGGUUAGGAGACUUCCUGACCAGGAAACACUCUGGGCUCUUGCAACUGGUACGUGCUUUUUGCAGUUGCAGGCACUCAUUUUCUUUUCACACCAUCAGGAUUGAUUAACCAGCUAUUAUAAAUGGCAGCUCAUGCUGAGUUUUGGUGCAGUGCUAUACUGUGAGAUAGCUGUAUAAUGGACAUAAUAUUUUGUCUCAGAUUUCCAUCUUUCUGGGAAUAGUCUGUUCCAUUUUAGGCCUGGUGUAUAGUAGUUUGUUUGCUUGUGUUUUUAUAUAUCAUUGCCAAUUUUACAAACAGACUUGGAAAGUCCUCUUUUGCAAUAUAGGUUGAUCUCUUUGAAUAAAUAAUAGUUUAAAUGUUGAA